UGAGAACGCCACUGCUACCAUUAUUUGUGUUGCAUCGUCGAAGGUUUCCCUUCUCUACUAGACUUCGUAUACGAGGUGGUGUUUGAGGUGGAUUGAGGUAUUGUGCUUGUGUGAAAAACCCAGCGUGUGAACAGGCGAGACAUGCGCGUCAACGCAAAGCUACUCGCAAAUUACCAGAGGCAGACGGUGUGUCUUGUCGGCAGGGUCCUGCAGAGCGAGCCCCAGGGUAUGUCAUUCAAGAUGGAAUCCCCAGACAAGCAGGUCGUCCAAGUAAUCAUGAAGAAUCCGAUUCAAGAACCACUGGAGGGCAUCAUUGAAGUAGUUGGUGAAGUCACUGCUAAGUUGGCGAUUGUCUGCGAAAGUUACGUGCUCUUUCCACCUGCAGUAACGGAAAACUUUGACAUGGGAACUUACAACGCUGUUGUUGAGACCAUACAGAGUGCCAAGGAUUAUUACCCAACUAUGGCCUCAGCAUAACAUCAUGCAUCCCUGGCACUUAUUUGUGCAUUGUUUUUUUUUCAUUUCUUGCAUGGACCUGUUGUGCCUUUGUAUCGGAACUUUUGCAGUGCAGCGUCGGCACAGUUUUGUGCAAAGCAACACAAUUGGCACGAUAAUUUUUUUCUGCUGUAUUUUUAUUUUUCUUUCAAACGCUGCACACUCACUUGAAUAAAGCAGAAGGGGACAUACAGUGAAACACAAAUGACUAAUAAAUGAAUACAACCAAAUAAAGAUAAUAUGUGUGGAUAUUUGUACUCUCAAAAUUCUCUUGGGCAACUUAAUUGUCGCAUUCUUUUAUAGUUUUUGUAGAAAAAAAUGAGUAUUCAUAUACGUCGUUCAAGCCAUAUAGCUCCUGUAUAAUUUUUUCGAGAUUUUGAUGAGCACUUAGGGUGGGAAGUAACAAGUGCCGACCACGCAUUAAAAUAAAAAAUACGUUGCGGCCCCACUACGAUGGCCUUGUUGACGAAGAAUCUGAAUGAAAUAUUUUGUUGGUUUUAUGGGUUUCAUGAUAUGACAUAAGCAUGGAGUGUAUAUCGGUAUUAGUAUGCCUGAGUUGCGAUUGAGCAUGUUUUCUGUUGUCUGAAUGUGAACGGAUUCCAGAUGAAGCCUUGCCGUUUUGUUCUUUUCUCAUCCAAUUUAUCUUCGCGCUAUUCCAGUCGAUGUCGUGGACACUGCGUGUUCAUUAAAGCUCGUUUGUUGCCA